AUGAACCGACCAUCUCAGUGGCUUUUAUACCACCUCGUCCUUCUUUCUGCUGGAAUUAUCCAUCUUGCAUCUUUCUAUUUCAUUACCCGACUGUUCAACGGUCAUCUCAUCACUCACGUUGAACUAACCGUCACCGAUGCAUCCCAAACCACACACGACGAUUUCGGGCCCGAUGAAGACGAUGCAUCCCAAACCCCACAAGACGAUUCCAGGGCUGUUGAAGAGGUCGACUUUGAACAUGUCGGGGACCACUUCACGCCGGGAUGUAUCAUCCUGACAGAGCUGCACGGUCGGCAGGUCGCGGCCAGGUUCGACAGUGCCACCUACCUCGGGGAGGGCCGUAGCAAGAGCUACUGGAUCCGCUGCUCCUACAUGGACUGGGACGGCACGCGCGUCGUCCCGGUGGAAAAGCUGGCCUCCAUCCCCUACUACCCCGGCACCAAGACCAUUGACAAGCUCGAAUGCUGCCCGCUCGCGUUCCACCCGGAUAGCGCCGCCAUCGAGCAGCAGCUGCGCGAGCGCGGCCGCCGCUGGGAGGCGCUCCGCUCGCACGACCGCUGGCACCAGGCGUACCGCGGCGACGCGCGGUACUCGGAGGACAACACGCCGCCCACGGGCGAGCACAUCGCACGCGGCCGCAUCAUGCUCGACGUCGCCCUCUGGAAGGUCGGCAGCCCGAAAGACGCCGUCUGGCACGAGUACAAAUCGGCUCCGACGCCGCUCUGCGACGACUGUGUGAUACUGACCUCGCCCAUCGUGCGCGGCUUCUCGUUGGACAAGAUGCGCUGGAUGCACUUCUUCGUGGACCAUGUCAAGGAGAUUCGGUUUGACGACCGCGCGACUAAGUUGCUGGUGCUCGAAGAGGAGAAAAAGAAGCUGAUUAUGACGCUGGCCAAGAGACAGGUCAAUUACCCCAAGUACUGCCACGUGAGCUAUGGCCGUGGCGCCGUCAUGCUGCUCUCGGGCGGCCCGGGGACCGGCAAGACGCUGACGGCCCAGGUGGUGGCGGAGAAGCUGCGCGCGCCGCUGUUCAAGAUGAAUGCGGGCGACCUGGGCAGCUCGCCAGACGCCGUGGAGAAGAGACUAUACCACUACAUGGGAUUGGUAAGCAGAUGGCGCGCGAUACUGGUGCUGAAGGAUUGCGACGUGUUCCUCGCGAAGCGCACCAAGCACGACCUGGUGCGCAACCACAUGGUGUCAAUCUUCCUGCGCAUGCUCGAGUACAACGAGGGCAUCGUGAUCCUCACCACGAACUGCAUCACCGACAUAGACCCCGCCUUCCGGGACCGCAUCCCUCUCGUCGAGUACCCGAACCUGGGCGUGGCCGCGCGCCGGUUCGUCUGGGACACGUUUCUGGCUCGCGUUGGGGGCUCCGUGGGCGCCAAGGGGCUCAAUGUCCUGAGCAAGAUUGAUCUGAAUGGCAGGCAGAUUGAUAAUAUGGUGAGGAUGGCCGACCUCAUGGCGGAGCAGGCUGGGCGGUACAUCACUUUUGAAGAUGUGCUGAGAGUGUUGAAGAUGCGGGGCUACCCUAUUUCUAAGGCCUACACUAUUUCUGAAUUAGUGAGGCUGCAAGAUUUGAUUUGA